AUGUCGUCCAACAUAGCUGCCAGCGCCUCCCAAACGGCCACCGCCGCCCUCGCCGAACCUCAUGCCGCUGCCUCCAACUUCGGCCUCCUUGCGCGACUGCUGCUCGGCACGGUGAAGGUCAUUCCCGGCGUGCUCUACUCGAUCAUCACCUUCACCACCAUCACCCUGCCGACAUGGAUUUUCAACGUGGCCUCGAUGAGCUUGACCGUCACCAUGAACGCGACUACGCUACUGUUGCUGUUCCUGGCCGUGGGCUCCACCGUCAGCUGGUUCGUCCGCUAUCGCUUCCUGAACAUGUACACUCGCUUGCCUCCGGAGCCACAGCGCGAAGAACCCCACGUCGAGGUUUUCCCAGACACGCAGGAGGGAGACUCCAAGCGCGGUCUGUCCAACUAUCUUGAUGAGUUCUUCAGUGCCAUCAAGGUUUUUGGCUACCUCGAGCGUCCCGUCUUCCACGAAUUGACACGUACUAUGCAAACCCGCAAGUUGAUUGCUGGCGAAACGCUGCUGCUGGAAGAGGAGAAGGGCUUCUGUCUGGUUGUCGAUGGUUUGGUUCAGAUUUUCGUGAAGUCUAACCGUGACGAGCCCGCUGCUGACUCGGGUGUCUCGGGAUCCGAUUCUGAUGAUGAGGACGGAGACACUCGGGGACAUCAGCAGGGUUACCAACUCUUGACUGAGGUCAGAAACGGCGCCCCCAUGUCAUCGCUGUUCUCGAUUCUCUCCCUCUUCACCGAGGACGUCAAGCUCCGCCAUGAUGAGGACCAAGGCAUAGAUUCCGCUCCGCCUACAGCUGGAGGUCCUCGGCUCCAACGUGCAGACUCGCAACCUGUGGUGGUCCCAAUGACCCCUCAAUCUGAGACCUUCAACAGCCCGCAACAAAUGCCUCCGAUGUCUCCCAGAUCGGAGCUUAGCAAUGCUCGUCGUGCCUCCGCCAUGGCCAGCCCCACUGCCAGUGGUCGGCUUCCCAGGGUGCCUUCUCUUUCUCUCGAUACAUCCCAAGAGCUCGAGCAUGACAGGCCUUCUCGUAAAGCUAGCGAGUCGAAGACAAGGAAACAACUCAAGUCUGCUCAUCCUGAUAUUGUUGCACGAGCCACCGUUGAUACUACCAUUGCCAUCAUUCCGGCCACUGCUUUUAAGCGCUUGACGCGUAUCUAUCCAAGAGCAACCGCACAUAUCAUACAAGUCAUUCUUACUAGGCUUCAACGUGUUACCCUAUCGACUGGUCAUGCCUAUUUGGGACUGACUAGUGAAGUGCUUCGCAUCGAGCGUUUGAUGAACAAGUACACCACUUACGACCUUCCGGGAUUUCUCAGGGACGCUGCCCUUCAAAGGCUCAAGGACAAAUUCUCAAAGGAGCGAGAACGCAUCGGUGAUGAAGAUGGAAUGAAAGGAAUCGCGCUUCACAACCCUGCUACUCAUCGAAAAAGAUCUGGGAGCGGUUUGAGAAGAGAGGUUCAUACUCGACUAGCUCCAGUCCGUCCUACUUCUGCUGCACCAACAGAACCAGCCCCCAAAAGAAGUGCUACCAUGACCCCUCGAGCUUCACAGGAGAAUGUUAGCGCAGGUGACUUGUUGACGAAUCAUCAUGUGUCGCGAAACAGCCGUGGACGUAUGGGUAGUUUCUCUCAACCGUUCACUCCCCCUCCUCCUAGACGUGAUGGACGUACCCCUUUGGACUCUGGAUCUUUCAAUCCGUUCGCCCAGACCAGCGCUCGCAUUCCUCUUCAACGACAAGAGUCCAUGGACGAAGAUGCUUUCUUCCGUGAAUCCGUUCUCGAUUGCAUGUUGAAGGCCAUUGGCUUGACCAACACUCGAAAUGUCGUCGCGAAACCUGACUCUGUGGAACAAUCCCCUCGGCUUGUCUCCUUCGACUCCAAGCGCCAAAAGGCCGUCUUCAGCAACGCUUUUGGAUUCCUCGAUCCGUUUGAAGGAUCUGUAGAUGCAGAAACCGAAUCGGUUGCUUCUGUUCCUCUCUCCACCAUCAGCGCCACUUACAGCAGAAGCAUCCAUGAGGAAUUAGUCAACGAUGUUGAGAUUGUCUUCUUCCCCAAAGGUUCGGUUUUGGUGGAGCAGGGUGAACGCAACCCAGGUCUUUACUACGUCAUCGAUGGUUUCUUGGACGUUGGCAUGCCAGUUGACGAGAAGAAAGGUGAUACCGAUCCCAUGAGUACCUUUGCCAACGACUAUACCUCUGGACUCGACGUUGGAGAUUUGUUUGGUGGCAGCCUACACAAAACUUCGACCAAUUCCACCAUUGGUGGCGGCUCGCGCGAAUCCGGAAAAAAGAAGAAGCAACAGCGGAAAAGCUUGUUCCUCACAAAGCCGGGCGGUCUGGCGGGAUAUCUGGGUACAGUCUCUUCUUAUCGGUCUUUCAUCGACGUCGUCGCCAAAACCGAUGUCUACGUUGGAUUCCUGCCUCGCGCUUCCAUUGAAAGGAUCGCGGACAGGUAUCCAGUCGUGUUGUUGACCAUGGCCAAACGCUUGACCAUGCUCCUUCCCCGUAUGAUUCUACACAUUGACUUUGCUCUGGAAUGGGUUCAAGUCAAUACAGGACAGAUUAUCUACAAUCAAGGAGAUGAGAGCGAUUCCAUCUACAUUGUCUUGAACGGUCGCCUACGUGCAAUUCAAGAUACGGAAGACCAGGGCAUGAAGGUCGUUGGCGAGUACGGCCAGGGAGACAGCGUCGGAGAACUCGAAGUCUUGACGGAAUCCACCAGGCCUGCUUCGUUACACGCCAUCCGAGACACUGAAGUCGCGAAAUUCCCAAAGACUCUAUUCAACAGCCUCGCUCUCGAGCAUCCAAACAUUACCAUCAAGAUCUCCAAGAUUAUCGCCAGCCGCAUGCGUUCCCUGAUGGAUUUUCCAAUGCACGACCAAGCAGCUGAACGCACCUUCGCCGUCAAGAACAGUGUCUCGUCAACCGCCAACUUGAGAACCGUCGCCGUGCUUCCCGUCACUGGAGGAGUCCCCGUGGUGGAAUUCGCCGGCAGGCUUGUCAACGCUCUUCACCAGAGUGGUCUGCCCAAUAGAGUUGUGUCACUCAACCAAGCAGCCAUCUUGAAUCAUCUUGGAAGGCAUGCUUUUAGCCGUAUGGGCAAGCUCAAGCUUUCACAAUACCUUGCCGAUCUCGAAGAGAAGUACAGCAUGGUUCUCUAUGUGGCCGACACCAACGUCAAAUCUCCAUGGACACAAACCUGCAUCACUCAAGCGGAUUGCAUUCUCAUUGUGGGCCUUGCUGAAGGAUCCCCGGCAAUCGGUGAAUACGAGCGCUUCCUCCUAACAACAAAGACCACGGCAAGGAAGGAGCUUGUCCUCCUCCAUUCUGAUCGCUAUUGUCCUCCGGGGCUGACGCGUAAAUGGCUCCGUAACCGCAUGUGGAUCAAUGGUAGUCAUCACCAUAUCCAAAUGUCUUUUCGCACUGCCCCCGAGCCCAUCCAUCCUACCCACCGGAGGUUUGGUACCGCCAUUAAACAGCGUGUUCAGAUCUUGCAGGCCGAGAUUCAGAAGUACACGUCAAAGCGCGUACGCCAGAGUCCCCUCUACUCCGCCGACACCCAUCAUAAGGGCGAUUUCCACCGACUGGCCCGGCGUCUGUGUGGAAAGUCGGUCGGACUGGUUCUUGGAGGUGGCGGCGCCAGAGGCAUUGCACAUAUUGGUAUUAUACGAGCCAUGGAGGAAGCUGGGAUCCCAAUCGACAUUAUUGGAGGUACCUCUAUCGGCAGUUUUGUGGGUGCACUCUAUGCCUGGGAUGCUGAUGUGGUCCCAAUGUACGGCCGUGUCAAGAAGUUUGCCGGACGCAUGGCCAGCAUGUGGCGGUUCGCUUUGGACCUCACAUAUCCAUCCGCCUCGUACACCACUGGUCAUGAAUUCAACCGCGGCAUCUUCAAGACAUUUGGCAAUGCGCAGAUUGAGGAUUUCUGGCUAGAAUAUUACUGCAACACGACCAACAUCUCCCGCUCGCGCGAGGAAAUCCACACCUCGGGCUACGUCUGGCGGUACGUCAGGGCGUCCAUGAGUUUGGCCGGUCUCGUUCCCCCACUCUGCGACGAAGGAAACAUGCUUGUCGACGGCGGAUACGUUGACAACCUCACCGUCGCGCACAUGAAGCAGCUCGGCGCCGACACCAUAUUCGCUGUAGAUGUCGGUUCGCUUGAUGACGACACACCUCAGCAGUUUGGCGACAGCCUCUCCGGUUUCUGGGCGCUACUAAACCGCUGGAACCCCUUCGGAGCCCACCCCAACCCGCCCACCCUCAGCGAGAUCCAGGCACGGCUGGCCUAUGUCAGCAGUGUCGACGCUCUCGAGCGUGCCAAGAGCAUCAAGGGUUGUCGCUACAUGCGGCCGCCAAUCGACCCCUACGGCACCCUCGAUUUUGGCAAGUUCGACGAGAUUCAUGAUGUCGGCUACAGGUUCGGCAAGGAGUUCCUCGCCAAGCUGCGCGAGGAUGGUGAGCUCGGUGGUGUGGAGGAGGGGGAGAAGGAACGCCAGUUGCGCAGAACCAUGGCCCCCAGGAGAGCGAGUAUCUAG